ACCUUAUCCAUGCCAAUAGUCAAUUGCAAAGCCCCUCCCCUGUCUUCUACUUGGAGACCUUCCCCAACCAAAAGCCAACUUUUCAAUCCCACCAUUUCCUCUCACAAUGCUAGCUUCCUCUCUAUCCAUGGCUUCUACAAGUACUUCUUGUUCUUCUUCACUCUGCAACAAAAUCUCCAACUUCUCAAUCCCCCACUCACCCACCCCAAUCCCAAGCCACUUCCCGCCACAUAUUAAACCCCCUAAACCCCUCAAGCUCAAAGCCCAUUUCCCCACCUUCUCUCGCCUCUCUUCUCUCACCCAAUUUCGCCGCCCUUUGGCGGCCUUCGACGGUUUCGAAGUCGAAGAAGACAGGGAUAGUGAAGAACAACAAAACCCAGAAGCAGAACCCAUUGAAAAGGAAGAAGAACAAGAACAAAGAGAGGAAGAGCCGAAGGUAGCGUCUUACAAUGACGCUGGGAGGCUCUAUGUAGGGAAUUUGCCUUAUUCUUUGACUUCAACCCAACUGGCUGAGGUGUUUGGUGAGGCGGGCACUGUGGUUUUCUCAGAGAUUAUUUAUGACAGAGUCACAGAUAGGAGCAGGGGAUUUGGGUUUGUUACAAUGUCAACUGUGGAGGAAGCUCAACAGGCCAUUCGGAUGUUUGAUGGCUCUCAAGUAGGAGGAAGAAAUGUGAAGGUGAACUUCCCAGAAGUGCCAAAAGGAGGGGAAAGGGAAAUAUUGGGACCCAAGAGCAUAAGGAGUGGGUUCAAGGUGUACAUAGAUAGCCCUCAUAAGAUUUAUGCUGGAAACCUUGGCUGGGGCCUGACUUCACAGGGUCUCAAAGAUGCCUUUGAAGGGCAGCCAGGGCUGUUGGGUGCCAAGGUCAUAUAUGAGAGGGGUUCUGGAAGAUCCAGAGGUUUUGGGUUUGUCACUUUUGAAACUAAUGAGGCUGCAGUAUCUGCUGUUGCUGCCAUGAAUGAAGUGGAGGUUGAUGGGCGGCCUUUACGAUUAAAUAUGGCUGCAGAAAGAGCUAGGACUGUUUCUGUUUCCUCCUCGCCAGCAUCAGAAGCAACUGCACAAGACACAGACAGCAGCGAAGUGGUUUCUCCUCCAGCAUCAGAAACAACAACCGCAGAAAACACAGACAGCAGCGAGUUGGUGUCUCCCCCAGCAUCAGAAACAACGACAGAAGAUGCUGGCAGCAGUGAAUUGGUUUCUUCUAGCGUUAGCGUCUGAAUUCCGGGGUUAUUAUUGAAGAGGAGUGGGUGCUUGAAUGUGGGUUAUUCUUGCUUCAAUAUCCUGUUCCUUUUCCACAGCUGUGUGCAAAUUGCCAAGUUGGUAUGAGGCAAAUUCGAGAGUUAAAAUGGUUUUCCUUUUUGUUUGGUAAGAGCAAGAGUUACAUGGUUUUAGAGCAAAUGUGCAUGCAGUUAACGUAGGCACAACAAGGUUGCCUAGUACCAGUUUUGUGCCACAAAAACUGAUAUUUGAGGCAGUGGCUAUAGGUCCUGUAACAAUGGCAGAAUCCAACUCUUAAUCGGCCCUGUAUUUUUACUUUCAUUCAAUUAGUGCAUUGAUACGCUUGUCGUAUACUGAUAA